AUGCUGGAGCGGCGCGUAGACAAAUCAAACCCCAAGAAUGCAGGAGUCGUGAAACCUUUUACCACUCCAAAUGUAUGGAAAGAGGGAAGUAAGGUUGCAUCGUAUGAUGCUUUUUUGAGCACCUUGACCAUGAUGGCAUCCAUGGCUGUGAUCUCAACUGUACCCGAUGCAGCAGCGAUCAGUCUCAUUUGCUCCUCUGCCUUGCUCAUCAACGCGAAGCCAUUUGCACCUAUGAAAGAGGGCGGCAGGGAUAUGAAUUCGAAUGCAUAUGCAAGCUUCUGUUUUGCCCUCUUUAUGAACGCAUUCCUUAUUGCUCGGAAGCUUAUUGUAAUGCCAACUCAAGCCAACUCGUCUCAGUAG